CGUGUUUUCAUGGAUCACUCUAUCUCAAAGGCAGCAGCUUCAUCAUAUGUGGGCCGCAUUUGCACGCUCCCUGGGAAUACACGGGAACAGUCACAUUGAGAUUUAGAGCCUAACUUCAUUCAUCUUUCAAUCACAAUGGAUGUCACAGACGUGACGCCGCAGCUGGACCGGCUCGAGGAAGAGCUAAACAAGGCCGAGGAAGUUCUGAAUCCUCUGCUUGGUGACAUCGGGGAUAUCUCGUCCAAGCUUCCGCUCCUGGACAAAGCCAAGCUCUACGUUCUGGCUACCUAUACAAUAGAGUCGCUGCUCUUUUCCGCAUUGCGCCUCAACGGGGUGGAUACCAGAAACCACGCGGUCUUCACCGAGUUGACUCGGGUAAAGCAGUAUACGGAAAAGAUACAGAAGCUUGAGAAUCCACCUGCACCUCGUGAGAACAUGGUCAACACGGAGGCGGCGGCCCGACUUCUCAAGUCCGAUCUUGGGGACAACAAGGAUAUCAAAGCAAAGUUGACGGAACUUAUCGCCAAGGAGCGGGAGAAGGCUGGAGCCAAGUCCACCGAGAAAAAGCGCCCAGCGGAGGAGUCUGCCGUGGAGAACAGCUCGACUGACGCCGGCCAGAAACUUCGCAAACGACCAAAGCGCAACGGGGGCAAGAAGAAGAAAUGAAAACUCUGUUAUGACUAUCGCAGGCUCGACAUUUUGACCGAAUUAGACGGCUCAGAGGAUCACGCUUCCGCCCACUGCCAGAGAAGGCUACGGACGAGAGCAGCCGCCACACGGACCACGUCCCUUCGAGAGAGACUCUCUAGGAGAACCGCAGAAACAGCCGAGGGCAUCACUCUGGGGCCCGAUACACCGGAUUGCUCAAUGUGUAUGUGCAUGAGCAUUCUUAUGGAGCGGACUGAACGGGGCCUUGUUGCCUGCGCCGCGAAGUGAUAUAGCCGGCGUCGUCAGAGAUGCGGGGAGGCGGAAGUGUCGGGGCGGCAGAUAGCUUAACAGCUCAGGUAGCAGCAGUUUGCAUCUCAAUACUUGGCUUGUAAUUGCAGAAUCUAGAAUUGUCCUUUCA